AUGGCGUCCGAGUGGGAAAUGGCCAUGGGCGUGGAGCUCGGCAUGGGAAUGGGCUCCUACCACAACGCCUCCAACGUCCACGCCGUGCCCAUGGGCCACCAGGCCGGCGGCUACUCCGCGGCCGCUCACCAUUUCUACGGGAUGCAGCCCAUGCGCGACGCCAGCAUGCGCGUGGAUGAGCUUCUCGACUUCCCCACCGCGGGCGCCCACGACUUCUUCCCCGCCGCGCCGGACAACGGACUCCACCACCAUCACCACCUCGGCGCCGGCGUGGGCGAGCUGUCGGCCACCACCCCUUCCGCCACGUCGUCGGAUCACCAGACGUCCAUGCUCUCCUUCGCCGACGAGUUCUACAUACCCAGCGAGGAAGCCGCGGAGCUCGAAUGGCUAUCCAAGUUCGUGGACGACUCCUACUCGGACAUGCCGAAUUACUCAUCGGCCGCGCAUGCGGCAAUGGCGGCGGCUAACGCGGCGAACAACGGCGGUGGCAGCUCGGCUGGUCAAGACAGCUGCGUCACAGCGGUGCCAGGCCGCGGAGCGCGAAGCAAGCGGUCGCGCGCGAGCGCCGCGGCCGCCGCCGCAUGGCACUCCCUCAUGCCGCACCCGCCUUCGCAGCCAUCGCCCUCGUCCUCGUGUUCCUCGUCCGACUUCCCGUCCUCGACGACGGCACGACCUAGCGGCUCCAACUGCGGCAGUCGCGGCAAGAAGCAGGGACCCGUCGCCGGCGGCGAGGUGGGCCUGGUGGAGGGCGGCGUGCGGCGCUGCACGCACUGCGCCUCGGAGAAGACGCCGCAGUGGCGAACGGGGCCGCUGGGGCCCAAGACGCUGUGCAACGCGUGCGGCGUGCGGUUCAAGUCAGGACGGCUGGUGCCGGAGUACCGGCCGGCGGCAAGCCCCACGUUCCUGCUGACGCAGCACUCCAACUCUCACCGCAAGGUGAUGGAGCUGCGCCGCCAGAAGGAGCUCGUUCUCAUCCGCGGCAGCCACCGUCUGGACGCGGCAGCGGCGGCGGCCGGCCCCGGCCCCGGGGUGACCGUGAAGCCGGAGCUCAUGUUCCAUGACUACGGCAUAUGUUGA